CUCAUGUUCGCCUCACUCCUUAAAUCCGCCCGUUCCUCUUCCUGAUGCAUGGCAUACCAUGUCUACUGAACAAAAUCUCAAUCCUUCCCAUGGUCUUGUGACCUAUCAACCUGCUGUGGCUAUGACGAACGACAUGUUGCCGAUCCUCUUCUCGGCGCCGCGACGGAUCGGCCCCCAAGGCUGACUGGCACUUCUUAAGGAUUUAUUAUUAGCUAUGAGAACCCACGUACCUUUCGGAUCCCACAAUGAGAGCAAUCCUCAAUCAUACUUGAACAAAGUCUUACCCUCCUUUGCUCUAGCAUAUUGCUAUAGUGCGAGCUACGAUUGAGAAGCCUUGAACCUCGUCUUCAGUGACCUCAUAUACAUAUAAACUAACACCUACAACGCGCUAGAGAGCGGUCACAUAGCUCGGAUAUUCCCUACGAGCCCUGCCUUUCGAAGCUCGUAUCAGUGGACAGUCUGGACCGAACAUCUCACGCCGCCAUCCACAAACACUCAAGGGCUUCGAGAUCUCGAGUAACCUGAAGGAAUGUAAAGAUUCCACAAUCCUCGUUACGUCUAAGGCUCAAGCAAGUCAGAAUGUCAGUGAAGAUCUUCGUGGAUGGCUUUGAUGGCCGUCCAAUACCCACAAAUUCUAUUGUCAAAGGGGAGAUCCAAGUGAAGAUCAGCAAGACGGAGCAAAGGAACAACGUAACUCGCGUUUUCCUCAAUUUCUACGGCCGGUCCAAGGUCAAGAUCACGCGGCGACAGCAGACCAACAACUUUCGAUCCAGCCACCAACAUCGACAUCAGAGCCAAUACACGACAUAUGUAUACGAAUCGAAAUGCCUCCUGUUCACUCACCACCAUAUUCUUGAUCAGUCCACUUUUCAAAUCGCCGCCUCUCGUCGAGGUGAAGAUGGCGGCACCCUUGUAUUCCCAUUUGAGUUCCGCAUUCCAACACAUUCUGAACCACAGCCACCUCCCAGUAUCGAUUCACACAACUCGAACUGCUUCCAGCCUUCCGGCUGCUUUCCUGGGUCUCUUGGCUAUGACCCUCCACACAAAGUCCCGCCACCACAACCACUGCCAGAUACCAUGAACAGCUUUAGUGACAGUCAGUUCUCGAACGAAAGUGCAACAGCCUCGGUGCGCUAUACCUUACGUGCCACCGUACCCGACCUCUCUGGUGGAGCCAGAAAACUCUUCGGUGUGCUUGGCCCAGCCGAAUCAGUCGUCGACCUUCCUCUGUACAACCCAGCAGGGCCUCCCCAGAAUCCCAUCCAGCCCCAACAUCUAGCCUACGAAGACGUAGUCCGGUCGUUACGUCUUCUGCCAAGCCACCAAACUACUAAAUUAUCAUUUCGCGAACAGAUGCGCAGUGUUAUGAAGAAGGAUCGUCUUCCGUGGUUAGCUGUUGGCAUCACAUUCCAGGCGCCUGAAGUCCUGUGGCUCGACCUUCCCCCUGAUACAACACUCCCAUUUGCAAUAAAUGUGCGGCGACUGGCGGGCGGUAUUGGCGAAACCACAGGCCUACCGCCACCUACAUCACCAUUACCGGCGCCGGUCAAUGACCCUUAUGAGAAAGACGAAAAAGGUCGCCGAUUAGAAAAAGUUCCACCCCCUGAAAACUCUCACCCUGACUACGUUCCGACGCCUCAGAUCUUUUUGAAACGUCUCCGAGUGAACCUCGUCGCGCACACUGCCCUGCGUGGUGGCGAAGAUCGCUUCAAUGGGUACGGCCCAAGACAUUUCGACAGCCUGAUUGCGGUGCCCAUGUUUGAAUUCAAAGCUAGCCGGUCAACACCACAGAUCGAGGUUGCCGUCAGUGACAGUGAGUGGCUAGAUAUUGGGGCGGUUUUGGGCGUCACAUAUCAACACCUGACAUCCGCGGCGACCGAGUCUGGAAUCGGCGGAAUCACAGGCGAGUUCCUCAUUCCCAAUAUCUGGCGACGCUGGGGAAUCGACUGGGAUAUGCGUUUCGAGUGUGCCGACAAGGAGAUCCGCUGGCAGAGCGAGACUCCAUAUGGUGGCGGUUUGGGAGUGCAGUUCUGGCGUGGCCAAGGUGUAGACUUCGCACCAGCACCUCCGCCUGUGAUGGUUCCACCGCCUUUGAACAUUGGUCCUGCCGUGGAUGCUGGUCCGGCUUUGGACGUUGGUCCUGUUAUGGAUCCUGGUCCGGCCAUGGCCUCGACUCCCUUCCUCAAACCUGAGAAGACCAAGUCUUAGUGCUGUUAGUGGUUGUGGCGGUCGAAGCCAUUGCGUUGGCGGUUCACGUGUAAGAGUAUGUGAAUCAAGUCGGACAUUCCGGGUUCAGAGUUCUGAUAUAAGCCUAGAGCGCAAUGAGUGAUGUAGGGAAAUUAUGUACGAGGGUUGUAAACUCGCACGACAUGUAUUCAUAGUUAGAAGCUACUUCGAUGGAAC